ACACAAAAAUACACACGAACACAAGACACACACACACACACACACACACACACACACACACACACACACACACACACACACACAUACACACACACAUACACACACACACAGACACACACGCACACAUACCUGGGGGGGCGUACACAUGCAUGGGGUGUCACUAGUAAGAAUGGUUCAUGACGUUUCGGAGGUAAAAAUACAUAAAAAAAAACAAGUUAACAGGUCACAUCAUCAUUCUCCCUCUCCCUCUCUCUCUCUCUCUCUCUCUCUCUCUCUCUCUCUCUCUCUCUCUCUCUCUCUCUCUCUCUCUCUCUCCCUCACGUGCGAGGUCUAUAUAAAGCACGUGCAAAGGCCGGCCCCUCCAAUCACACGCUCACUUUCAUCCGGAGAGCGAGGCAGCCACACCAACCCGCGGGAAGACGAGCGAGCGAGCACGUCAGGCAAGGCACACGGCGAACACCACCCACCGCUCAGUGCGAGGCGCGAGACACAGCCAGCGAAGGACCCACGGAAGGGAAAAGUGCGCGAACUCCGGGAAAGAAAGAGAGAUGCAUGUCGCGGGUGCCCUAGCGUUGUUGGUGGCAGUGGUGGCGUCAGUGUGUGAGGCCUUCCCCGAGGGCGCCCCCAUCGAGGCCUGCAUCUACGGCAACAAGCCCAACCACUACGGCACCAAGCCCAAGCCGCCCCAGGACAGCAAGGUUAAGUUCUUCGCCUCUGACUCCUACUACGAGCCUGGCAGUAUUAUUUACGUGCACAUCCAGGGGGGCAAUCCGUUCAAGGGCUUCUUCGUGCAAGCCCGCGACGCAAAGACCAAGGAGUGGAUUGGCUCCUUCCAGGGAAACGCAGACCUGGAGUCCUACCCCGAGUGUGCCGCUGUGACCCACAAGAGCAGGCGGCCCAAGUCUGAGGUGGUGCUGGCGUGGCAGGCCCCAGCACACGGCCGCGGCGAGGUGUUCUUCACAGGCACGGUGCUGGAGAACUACGCCAACUACUGGUCGGACAUGGUCGCUCACGUCCCCAAGCCGGGACGUGGGCGUCCCCACCUCGGCUGAGGUCGCCCCCGUGAUGAAGGUCGCGGGCCUCCACACACCCAGGGAGGCCAAGGAGCAGCGAGCACCCGCUUCAGCUCCGCAUCAUCUACAUUACUCAUUUCUGCUUCAAGACGGCAUACAUUCCUAAACUUGUCUCCAUGCUAAUAUGUGAUAUUUUCUGAAUAUUCUACGUACGUAUGCAUAACUUAAGAAAAUCAGGCAAGCUGCUCAUACAUGUAGGAUACGUGAACGUACGUAUCUGGUAGUAUUGACGCAACACAGGCAGGCCAGCAGGUGAGCCACACAACGCCCAGCAGCCACAGCAACCCUCGCUGGCUGACGCGCGCUGUGAGCCAGGAUGUGAAUGAAGCUUCGAUAUCAUUAGAAACAAACCACCGGUGCUGAGAUGUAGUGUCUUUCAUAUGAUUUAUAACCUUCACUACACACACACACACACACACACACAACAUUUACAACUCAUAAUUCUAGUAGUCAGGUAUUUACUUUUUUUUUUUUUGUGCAGUUAACAUACUUUUCUAUACCCAGACGUUAAUGAGAAAAAAUGUACACACCUUUCACAAAGAAAAGUAAUAUAACUGGUUAGUAGUAUUUCGCAUCUUUUUUUCCCGUGUGACGCUCUUGAUUCAUUAUUUUUUUUUAUCAUUCGUUUAUUUAUUUUCCUUUUUUUUUUUUAUCUUUUCUUAGUUACGUUUCCUUCAUAUAGCUUAUUGUCCCCGAUCCUCCUCCUCCCACAUCUCCUUGCCCCAGAUCACCUGCACUCCUGCCUCACUCUCACCACUCCAACCAACGUGUCUAAUAAAAUAAUUUACGAGUUA